CGUUAAUGUGACAUUCGAUAUGACAUGUUCAACUGCAUUAGGUACUAAACGGGGUUUUUCAAAUAAUUUUUGUUGUAAUUUCAUGUGAUAAGUAAAUUAUAUCGUUUUGCCAUAAUUUAUACAAUUCAGAAUUCAAAAUUUCGUCAUUUUUUGUACCAUUUUAAUUUAGGUACAAUUAUAAAAAAUAUAAAUGGUGCUGGUCGGGUUGUGAACUUGAGAAUGGCAGUAAGGAUUUUAUGAGAAGGGUGACUUGAUUUAGAAUGGAUAAAACAUGCCAAACAGAAGAACAGAACUGUUUAAAUGAAAAUUUGAAUGAAGAUACCGACACCUCUACACCAAUCGACCCUGUCCAAGCGAGUAGGGACAAUGUUAACCAUCUGCCAAGUACUUCUCAAACUUGGGUAAUUUUGAAGAGAAAUCUACCUUUCAAUUUAUUCCAAAAAUCACAAGAAAUUGAUUCUACAGACACUCUUGAUGGAAUUCAGCCGGAAGCAAAUGAAAUACUGAACUCUAAUGAUGGGGAUACCAAGGACUCUGUAUAUAUUACUAGCAGUGUGGAUAAUGAUGUUAGUAUUUUGAAUAGAUCAAAUGGACAACAUCCUAGUACACCUAAAAGUUCUCUGAAAAGACCAAAUUCUGAACCAUCUACAGAGGAACAUUGGUGCAAAAGGAAAUAUUCACCUGAAUAUGGACAAACCUGUAAGAAAUUAUUAUCUGAAAUUGAUAAAAUUUCAAAUACCGAAGUUGAUAUUAAUAACAAACUCAAAACAAUGAAAUUAUUCGUCAAAAACGGUGAAGAAUCGAAAGCAGAUGUACAUAAAAGUUCGCCUCAGGCUCCUUCCCCAAUCGGUACACCUUCAAAGGGAAGAUCGGUGAUACCAACUAAGGAUAACCCUCCACCUGAAAUGGCAGAUUGGCUCCUGCAGUUUCAGUGCUGGUCUAAUGCCGAGAGAAUUCUUGCCAUAAAUGAACUGAUUGAUAGAUGUGAGCCUACGCAAGUGAGACAUAUGAUGCAGGUGAUUGAACCUCAAUUUCAAAGGGAUUUUAUUUCUCUCUUACCAAGAGAGCUUGCCCUGAACGUUCUAUCGUUCCUGGAACCGAAAGAUCUCCUGAAAGCUUCUGAAACAUGCAGAAGUUGGAGAUAUUUAGCAGAAGAUAACCUGCUUUGGAAAGAAAAAUGCAAAGAGGUUGGCAUCACAGAACUGCCUAAAAGGAAGGGUUCCCCUAGAAGCCCAGGCUCUAUAUCCCCGUGGAAGGUUGCCUAUAUGAGACAUCAUAUGAUAGAAAUGAACUGGAGGAGCAAACCAAUCAAACCUCCGAAAAUGCUGAAAGGUCACGAUGAUCAUGUCAUUACCUGUUUGCAAUUUUGUGGCAGUCGUAUUGUAAGUGGCUCCGAUGAUAACACUCUCAAAGUUUGGAGUGUCACAAGUGGUAAGUGCCUGAGGACGUUGGUGGGACAUACCGGUGGAGUCUGGUCAUCUCAAAUGUCUGGGAAUACCAUAAUCAGUGGUAGCACAGACAGAACACUGAAAGUCUGGGAUAUUGAAACUGGAGCUUGUAAACACACUCUUUUAGGACACACAUCCACCGUUCGUUGUAUGCACCUGCACGGCAAUAAGGUAGUGAGUGGUUCUCGGGAUGCCACCCUUAGAAUUUGGAACAUAGAAUCAGGUGCCUGUUUGAAUGUUUUGGUCGGUCAUAUGGCAGCAGUAAGAUGCGUUCAAUAUGAUGGGAAAUUGGUGGUUUCAGGAGCUUACGACUACAGCGUAAAGGUUUGGAAUCCAGACAAAGGUGAAUGCUUGCACACGCUUCAAGGUCAUACAAAUCGGGUGUAUUCCCUGCAGUUUGAUGGAGUAUAUGUCGUGAGUGGUUCGCUGGAUACAAGUAUAAGGGUUUGGGAUGUCGAGUCGGGAGCUUGCAAGCACACACUUAUGGGACAUCAAUCCCUAACUUCUGGUAUGGAAUUGCGCAACAAUAUUUUGGUAUCAGGAAAUGCAGAUUCCACUGUCAAGGUGUGGAAUACAGUGACUGGACAGUGCCUACAAACGUUAUCAGGGCCUUACAAACACCAAUCUGCCGUCACCUGCCUUCAAUUCAACAACCGUUUCGUCAUUACCUCAUCGGACGAUGGAACGGUGAAGCUUUGGGAUGUGAAAACUGGCGAAUUCAUCCGUAAUCUAGUUGCCCUGGACAGUGGCGGUUCAGGUGGUGUGGUUUGGCGUAUACGUGCAAGUGAAACAAAACUUGUGUGCGCAGUUGGCAGCAGAAAUGGCACGGAGGAAACGAAACUACUUGUUUUGGACUUUGACAUUGAUCAGAAUGUCAAUGGGUACAAAGAAGUGGCGUCUCUCAUGAGGUAGAGAUCAGAAGACUCAAAAAAUUGUGUGAAUGACGGUCGAAUGUUUCGAGUAAUUCGUUGUAUGUGUGUAGUAUUAGCUUUUAGUCUUCUAAAUGUUUUUUUGUAAAUACUUUCCAAUUGUAUGGUGAUUUUGAAUGUUACGAGAUUGGAGAAAUCAGCAAUAGAACUCUCAGAUGUAAUUUAUACAUAUUUUAAAUUAUUCGAAACUUGAAACAUGUUUAUUGUACGAGUAUGUUCAGGAAUGUUCAUAUUCUUGAUUUUUGUGACAAUGUUAUUUUUUGUAAUUUAUAGCCUUAUAAAUUGAUCAAGCUUAGUAAUUGGGUUGAGCAACUUUUUAUCAUCUAUGACUAAGUUAUCAAAAAAUCUUGAUAAUAUACAUCACUUUAUUUCUGGGUUGAGUUUUAAUCCAUUACCAUGAUGAGGUGAAGUUACUUGACCCUAUCAAAAAAAUUUUACCAAAUAACAAAUACAAAUUUUUGUUAAAUAAUAUUGUAGAAUUGAUUUUCAUUAAAAAAGAGUCCUUUUAAGAUUGAAAUUGAGAAUUUCCAUUCUAUACUCAAAAAAGGUAAUAUCACUUGGUCACAUCGUGUUGAUAUAAAAAAAAUUCAAUUUGACCCUUUUUGGAAAAACAACUUACGUUUUUUAAUUUCCUAUACCUGAAGAAACCGAAAAUAAUGAAAGAUUUAAAAUUGGCUUAUUCGAACCAAGAAUCAAAACUCAACAGUGUUCAAUCGUUUCUAAAUAUUGAUUGAAAAGUAAGAGAUUUUUUUUAGUCAGCAAUUCUCAGGAUUUCAAAAAGUUGCGGAGGUUUUCUGGGUAACUCGGCUGUAUUCAGUAUCGGAGAUUUUCUGCUUUAAUUUUUUCAACUUUUUAUUUACUUUGUAAUCAAUAUGUUUUCAUAAGCAGGAAAAUGAUCGCUUUGGAAGUAUUUAAUUUAUUAAUUUGUUAGUGGCCAAUUUUUGAUGUUACGUCUUAUCAUUUCUUUAAUUUUCAGAACUCUUUUUGAGUGUUGAAAUGUUGAUUUAUUCCAGUUUUGUCUGUAUGUCCUGUAUACAUGUUGUUUUCUAUUUUUAUUGAAUAGGAUAUUUGUUUUACCAACUGUAAUAUAUAAGACUGAAAAUUGUUGAAUAUUUUAUCCUUGAUGAUACAACUAAUACAGAUGUAUAUAUUGAAUUUUACCUUAAUUUCUCAUCCAAAUGAAAUUCAAAUAUACAAAUCAUAUCGAGACAGUUUUAUGAUUAUUUAAAUAUAUGGAUCGUAAUAGGAGA